ACAACAGACAAAACUAAAAAAAAGGUUUUUAAAAAGGCAAAUUACACACAGGAAAAUUCAAAAAUACCAUUGCCUUGCAAUCGAAGGUACCCACCGUUCGUUCCUUAAGCGUCACUCAAAGCCAACCCUCAUCUUCGCUACCUAUAUCCCUCCUUCCUUCCAAACGAACCCUAGCAACCCCAAAAAAAAAAAAUCUCAAAACACUAUGCGCCGUGAAACGCCGUCGCUGCCAGCACCGCCACCCACCGCGUUGGCACCUGGGUUCAGGUUCCACCCCACGGACGAAGAGCUUGUCAUAUACUACCUUAAACGCAAGGUUUGCGGCAAACCCUUUCGAAUCAAUGCUAUUUCCGAGGUCGACAUCUACAAAAGCGAGCCUUGGGACCUCGCAGAUAAGUCGGGAUUGAAGACGAGGGACCAAGAGUGGUAUUUUUUUAGUGCAUUGGAUAAGAAGUAUGGCAAUGGGGCGAGAAUGAACAGGGCUACAAACAAAGGGUACUGGAAAGCCACCGGGAAUGACAGGCCAGUUCUUCACGAUUCUAGGACGGCUGGGCUCAAGAAAACUUUGGUUUUUCAUAGUGGCCGAGCCCCGGAUGGAUUGAGGACCAAUUGGGUGAUGCAUGAGUACAGGCUUGUCGAUGAAGAAUUGGAGAAAGCUCGGGCUGGGGCUACUAUGCAGGAUUCAUAUGUGCUGUGUAGGGUAUUUCAUAAGAAUAAUAUUGGACCACCGAAUAGCCACCGAUAUGCUCCUUUUAUUGAGGAGGAAUGGGAUGAUAGUGCGCCGGUUUUGUUUCUGGGGGAACAGGCUGGGAAGGAAGUGGUAGCCGUCCACAAUCCAUGUGAUGUACAGGCUGGCUAUGAUGCAUAUGCUGAAGAGGCUGGUCAUGAUGAAUGUGAUGAAGACGUUGGCAAUGUUGUAUGUGCUGAAGAGAAUGGCCGUUACGAAUAUGUUGAGAAUGGUUAUGUUGAAUGCGUUGAAAAUCGUCAGGAUUCGUUUAUUGAAGGGAAUAAUUUUGAGCAGGAUACUCAGUCCAUUAAUGAGGUUCCUCUUAGUGAAGUACCAAGAGAGAAUCAAAAUGCUCUGGUUGUCUGCAAGAGUGAGAGAAUGGAUGAUUAUCCUUCACCGUGCUUGGCUAAUCCAAGACCCAGCCCACUAUUAAGGUAUAAAAGAAGGCGUCAUAAUGAAUCGAACUCUAAUCAUUCAAAUGGUUUAGAGACUUCAACUAGGACAAGUCAGGAUCAUUGCUCAUCUACAACAACCACCGCAGCAACACCAUUGACAACCACCACCACCGCCCCAGCAACAAGGAAUUUCCUUUCCGCACUCGUGGAAUAUUCUCUAUUAGAAUCUAUAGAACCCAAAGAUAGUCUUUCAGUUUCUCCUCCGUUUGAUAUUGCUAAUCUUGAUUCGUCCGUGCCUCCUAGCUGCUUGAAAUUCAUACAAGAUCUGCAAAAUGAGAUACAUAAAAUUUCAGUAGAGAGGGAGACAUUGAAGUUUGAACUGAUGAGUGCCCAAACCAUGUUAAACAUUCUUCGAUCUCGAAUUGAUCUUCUGAACAAGGAAAAUGAGGACUUGAAGAGGAGUGUCCGAGAUGUCAAGUGAAUGGUAGGCGUAUGUUAUGUAAGUUUUGCAGCCCUUUGUGGGCUUUUCCCUCUCACAUCAGUUGAUCUGAGAUCAUGUAUUCUUUUCUAGGGUCAGGAGCUUUUUACUGUUGUUGAACAUUUGUUUGUAAGAAUGUCAAAAUGUAAUGUUGUAUCGGCUAUCGAAGCCUUUGUUCUUAAAAAAGGGUAAUGUAGACUUCUUGGUUCAAAAUUUAAGACUUA